AUGACGGGUGAUAUUGAAUCUAUUAAUAAGAAACUUCUGAAAGCCACAGAAAAAGGAAACAUAGACGACGUUAAGCAAUGUUUGGAUCUUGGUGCUGAUGUAAAUUAUUGUGAUAAGUAUGGUACAUCAGUACAUUGGACUGCUGCCCAGGGGGACCUACAUAUGACCAGAUUCUUAUUAGAACAAGGCAGUGAUAUGAAUAUAAAAAAUAAGUGGGGAGAAGGUCUUCUACAUAGAGCCAUUGAUGGGAACCUUGAGACUUUGCAGUUAUUACUCGACCAAGGAAUGGAUACUAACAUGCAGACUGAGGAUAAAACGACAGGUUUACAUGCAGCAUUGUAUCGUGGUAAAACAGAUAUGGUACAGCUUUUACUUAGAUCUGGUGCUGAUGUAAAUUUGCAAGAUAAGGAUCUUUCUGCACCUCUUAGCGCCGCAGCUAAGUUAGAUGAUUUACAAGUAGCCAAGUUACUGGUGGAUCAUGGGGCAUGUCUGAACUGUACUAAUUAUCUAAAAUUUGAUCCACUGUAUGAGGUUUUGUGUAAUCACAAUGUCGAAUUUGCUAAAUAUUUAAUAUAUGAAGGUGCAAAGGUUAAUAAGAGUAGUCUUAGAGGCAUGGUCGGUACUAAUGAUAUACCAUCAGAGGACAUAUUGGUCUUGUGUGAUAUUUUUAUAGAAGCUGGAUAUAGGAUUUCCAACAAUACUACACGGCCUAACGAUCAAGCAAAAUACUUAAAUAUGGAGGGAAUUAAUAAUCAUAUUUAUCAUCGACAGCAGGAAAUUGUGACUUUAAGAUCUCUAUGUAGAAUACGCAUAAGAAAUGUACUGAUUCAAACUACCAAUGGUUGCUCUAUUAGAACUGCCGUGUGUAAACUUCCAUUGCCAAAAAUGUUAAAGAAUUAUAUAAUGUUUGAACAGUAACUAUUUGUCAAGUCUCUGAUAUAAAGAUAUUCUGAUAUGCUCAUGGAUGAUGGUUCUAUUAAAUUAUGU